AUGCGUUCCGCCAACCAGAACCCAAAGAAGAAGAAGAAGGCUCACAGCGGAAAAAGAUACAUUUACUCGUGGUUCUCUCUGUUCACAGGUUUUUUAUUACUUCCAUACAAACGGAUGACGAUAUGGACUGGAGAUGAGUUUACUCCUUUUUAUGACCUCCACUCAUCUUGUUUGUUGAUUUAUUUAGCAUAUGCUGAUCUUACCUAGCCUAAAUACUACAUGCCUUUGUAUAUAUACCCUCCAACAUGUCAGAUAUAAAAGUAAACAUAAACUUUGAAAGCAAUGGUGGGAGCAGGGCAUUAGCAGGGAAAAACAAAAACCUCAAAAGAAAGCAAUACAUAAAACGAAAGGAUUACUUUCAGAACAAGCAAAACCAGCACCUUUAUGAAAAGGGGCAUAACCAUCUAGGAAAGCAACCUUGUCACAAUGGGGCGAAGUCUACACACAAAUCUCUACCCAGUGCCAAACACAACAACAGUUCAUCUCACAGGACCAGUGCGGUUCCCGCUGUCAAUCCUACCCUGAAACCUGCCGCGUCCACAAGUAGCUCAGCACCUUUGACCAUCACUGUGAAGAACACUACCAAACAAAAGCAAUCAAGCAAAUCGGUUGUCUUCACUAAAACCAUCACCCCAGGCCUCUCGCCAUCAGCAUUGAGGAGCCAUACGCACUCUGCCCAUGUCUCUGGUGGCUCAGCACCGUUCGGAAACCCCCUGAAGUACGUUGCCAUGGACUGUGAGAUGGUGGGCACGGGACUUAAGGGUCGCAACAGUGAGCUGGCACGCUGCAGUAUUGUGUCCUACGACGGAGACACGAUAUAUGACAAGUACAUCAAGCCCGGCAAUCCGGUCACUGACUAUCGCACCCGAUGGAGUGGCAUCACCUGGUCACACAUGGCUAAAGCCAUAACCUUCAAAGAAGCCAAGAAGGAGAUACUGAAGAUCCUUGCAGGUAAGGUGGUGAUAGGACAUGCUAUCCACAAUGAUUUUAAGGCGCUGAGUUAUGGUCAUCCAGCCCGCAUGACGAGGGACACUUCCCGCAUCCCCCUUCUCAACAAGAAGGCUGGUUUUCCAGAGAAAGGGUGUGCCUCUCUGAAAAGACUUACCAAGGCAUUGUUCAACCGGGACAUUCAGACUGGGAGAAGAGGUCAUUCUUCGGUGGAGGACGCCAAAGCCACGAUGGAGCUGUACAAAGUUGUGGAGGUGGAGUGGGAGAGGACCUUAGCGUCCAAACCUUAGAAGAUGGGAGCGUGUUUUGGCAUUUUAAACUGGCUAAAUAUAAACAAGAAGAACGUUUCAAGUUUUCAGGAACAGUGUGUGAUUGAUCAGGUCUUCCAUGGGUCUAUCGGGCAUAUGUAUCACAUUUUCCAUUGAAAUACCGCUGCCUUGAUUCUCAGGGAUGGCAGCUGUUCUUCAUGCAGUACAUGUAGUCUGACUAUUCCUCACAAGGUGGCAGUCAUGGUGGUAGGAUUGUGACUUGAUGUGAUGUCAGCAUGUUUAAAUGUUGGAACUGUUUGGAGAUAAUGGUUAACAAUGUUUCAUUAUUCUACUUCUUGUUCAGUUGAACAUCCAUUUACAAGAGUAAAGAGUUUUUUAAACAAAA